AUGCUGACACGACCGCCUCUUCUUGCGCCCCAUUCAGACAAUCUCGACUACAACUCUCUGAAACAUGAGAUAAAGGUGCACACGACCCGGGACCAGGCUACCGCCAUUGCUAUCCCGGGGCAUCAAGAUGCUACCUUGAAGAAGUUUGAAGACAAUCUGUAUGGCGAGCUAUGCCGCCAGCAUGAUAGGGUGGACCUCUUCAUCACCAGUAAGGCGGAUGAAAUUUCGAGGCGAUUAGAACAUCUCGCCAGUCAGAUUCAGCGCUGGGUUACCAAGUAUUCUGAUGCAAACGACUCUACCAUCUCGUUGAAACGACAACGAAGGUUUGCCAAAUACGAACGGGAACUGUUACGCUGUGGCGAGGAAAUCCAUGGGUUGUCACGGUUUGCCAAUGCUCAAGUAGUCGCUUUUCGAAAGAUACUUAAGAAGUACAAGAAAUGGACGGGAUCAGUAACGCUAUCCGCUCGCUUCAAUGAAAACAUUCUUAGCGACCCAAAGAGCUUUACAAAACGCACGUUUGAGCACCUCCAAAGCCGCCAUGAUGAAAUACUCACUACCCUGCUGGCGGUGACCCCCCACUUCAGCGAACCUAGUUCGCCUGAAUCUCAUGGACAUGCGGCACCAGAACCAGCCUCACCCAAGCAGAGCCGCCCUCGGCAUGUAGACUUUGAACCGCUCCCCGCUGCGAAAAUUGACUCGCCGGUUAAGUACUGGAACGAGUAUGAUGAUGGCAGCGAAGCAGGAGGACCCGAAGAUGAAUAUGCCAUUUAUAUCAACCCCGACGAAGAUACUGGGUUUCCUGGCUUUGCAUAUGUGAAUGGCUUGUUAUCGUUGCCGUAUGAAAAAGCAAAGCAAUGGUUCAAAUCCAGGCAACCCAGCCACGAGACUCGACCCCUUCUUACUUCAGAGCUGAGUAGCCAAGGCAGUUCGGGAUACGCAUCCACUGCCGUCAACACGGAUUCGGAAGAGGAAGGAUAUGCCAGCUCGGAUGGAUAUCCUCAGCUUGGUUAUGCUACGCACUAUGCUCUGCCAAGCAUCAGCGAGCAGAAAAUUCAAAGGUAUAGAGAGAGGGCACUCAUGUGGGGCACCCUUGGUUGCUUCGUGGCGUCGUUUGCACUGCUUGGCAUCGCCAGUGUGCUGAUUCUAACUGGGAAACGCAAGCUUCGCGUUGAAGUUGAUGCCGGUGUGACGAUAGGCGUUAUGGUCAGCCUGUUCUGCGCUGGGUCGGGACUGGGCAUGACGCUCUAUCGCCGGGGCCCGCUGUCCAUCCCAUACAAACUGAUGGUGUCGAGUGCGUUUGUUGCGUCGUGUAUUCUAAAUGGUAUGCUCCUUGUUCUGGUCAUGGGAAAUGCGUCCUGA